UUGACUUUGGUUUAUUUGAUUCUUCCUUUUCCAACACUAUAAACUUCGGAAAAAUCUUCAUGUAAAUGUAUAAAUUGAGACUUCUUGCUGUAUGAGACACAGCAGUUGCAUUCAGUGUAGUUCUAGUUUGUGUACAAGAAGCAAUACUGUUUCAGAAAUGGCAGAAAGCUCUCUCUUUCGUCGACUACUUGUAACUUCAUUGGUGUUUUCUCUCCUUGUAAGCUUGAAUGCAGUGCCAGUUACAAGAAUUGGGAACUUCAUGAAUGGAUCUCAAGUUUAUGAACUUCUAGAGAAAACCCCCCUGGUAACGGGUGAGAAAAGUUGGGAGAAAAAUACUAUUGUUGGAAGGAUGGGGGUGGAGCUGAAUGAUUAUCCAGGAUCAGGGGCCAACAACCGCCACACUCCAAGAACACAACUUGGAAGAGGCUGUGUUGAUUGUUGAUGAGCUACUCUAGUUAGUAAUAUAAGUAAUAGAGAAAAAUGAUUAAGCAUGAUUUUAGUUAGUCGAGAUGUUUAGGAAGUUCUUCAUUCCCUUUUUCCUUGAAAUGGUUGAGAAGUAGUAUUAUAAAAACCUACUUAGGAGUGGAUUCCAGUGCAAUAUUGUAUGCAAUAGAGAUGUUGUCUUGAUCAUUAUGUAUGAGCUUUAAUACCAAUUUCUGUUAUGUA